CUCUCCCUCCGUAUCUAUCUUUGCUCUCUUUUUCUUAAUUUUGUCAAAACAAGAUUAUCCUUCUGCUUCUUUGAAUCUUCAUUGCCAUAUCGACCAUGCCGUUUCGGUUGAACUUGAAUGCUUUGCUUUCCUCCUUAUUUCUUUCCUUUUUUGUUUGUAUUUCCUUUUUAUGAGUAGCUCACACCAUAAUUUCCCUGAGUAGAAGAUCGUUGAAUUUUGAAUAAUCAGAUUUGUUUUUUCUUUUUAUGUUUGUGGCCAGAAAAUAAAGAGAGAGAUCCAUCAACUGCCAAAUAUCCUCUGCGUUCAUCCAGUUCUUUUGCUUUUGUCUUCGCCCUCUCAUCCCUCUUUUGGGUUUCUGAGUUUAUUGUGGUUUCGUUUUCUGACGUAGAGCAGAGAAGCUUCCCCCUUGAAUACGCUGGGCAAAUCUAUAAUUCUCCGACCUUUGAUUGUGAAAUCUUUAUCCUGUGGUUUUUGCUCGUGUUCGAAUGAUGGUAUACUUCAUGUCUGUUUGAAAAAAAAGAAAGUGUGAUUUGUCUUCAGUGUUUUUAGCUUCUCAAGAACUUCCGUCUAAAGUCUAGACUAUCGGAGGAGGAUAUAAAGAUAAAUCUUAAGCUGGUUGAAGCUGCCAAAGUCCCUGGAAGAAUUUAAUCAUGGUGAGAGGCAAAGUUCAGAUGUGGUGAAUUGAGAACGCCAUGAGCCGGCAACUCACCUUCUCAAAGCGCCGGAAUGGGCUACUGAAGAAAGCUUAUGAGCUCUCAGUCCUCUGUGAUGCUGAAGUUGCCGUGAUCAUCUUUUCACAGAAAGGAAGGCUUUACAAGUUCUCAAGCAAUUCCGAAAUCCAAAAGACAAUUGAUCGAUAUCGUAGAUCUACAAAUGAUGCGGCUACAUACCAGGCUAAUAUGGAACAAUAUAUUCUGCGUCUGAAGCAAGAAACCACUGAUAUGGAGAGGAAGAUUGAGCUUCUUGAAGUUUCUCUACGGUCCACAAAUUUUGAGACUUCUCUCUUAUAUAUUGUGGAUUGAAAUGGAUUCUUGAUAUCUAAUUCCCUAAACUAUGGUACUCCUUUUCUUUUUUA